AUGGAAAACGAUGAUCGGAUCACAUUGCUAAACGAUAUCGAUGCCACAAACUACACUAUCAAGGUUAAAAUUGUUAGUUUGUGGAGGAAAAAGAUGAGGGAUAAUGAAAGGGAGACAUAUCGAAUAGAUAUGAUACUGAUGGAUAAAAAGGGUAGCAAGAUUCAAGCUUCUUGCUUGCAUAGGCUAUUUUCAAAGUUUGAGAGACAUCUUAAUGUUGAUGAAUGCCUUAUCAUUAAAUGGCCAUCUCUUGCUGGGAACACUGUAUCUUUCAAGAUUGUUCCUAACAAUCAGAAGCUCUCUUUUUAUUAUCAUACCUUUGUGGAAAAGUGCAAUAUAUGGGAAGGUUCGCAAUACGGUUUCAAUUUUGUUGAGUUUAAUGAUGUUCUUUCUAAGAAAAUAAAAGAGGGUACGACAGUAGAUUUCAUUGGGUAUGUUGGUGUUUGUUAUAACAUUGAGGAGACUAACAAAAAGGAUGGUAGUAAAGGGAAACGCCUUAAUCUUAAGCUUCAAGAUCUUGAAGAUGUUCAGAUCGAUUUAACUCUUUGGGACGAUUACGCUAAGGACAUGUAUUCUUACAUGGUUAACGAAAAGCGUGAAGCACAUGUUGUCGUUGUUGUCCAUUUUGGUGCAGUUAAAACAUACAAAGGCAAAUGGGGAUUUUCCAAUAACUUUGAUGGUUCAAGACUUUUCAUUAACGACAACUUUGAUGACAUGCUAUUGUUCAAGCAAAAGUUUCUUGCAAAACUUUCUGCUUCAAGUGAGUCAAGUAGCCAUGCUGGGUCAUAUAUGAUGUGUUCUGUCGAAGAUGAUCUUUUAAAGAAUGAUGUUUUUUCACCAAUUGCUUAUCUUCCAUCAAUCUUAGAGGUUUUCCUUAACAUUUAUUGUUUUAUGUUUUCCAAAGAAAGUUGUGUUGUUGGAACUAUUGUAGCAAUCGUUUCAGAUAAGAUGUGGUAUUAUGAUGGGUGUAACUAUUGCAAGUCAAAAGUUGAGAAAAAGUUUGAAACCUAUGAUAAGGAUGAUGGAACAAGUGAUGUUAGAGAUGCGAAGUUGUAUCAAUGUUCUAACAAGGAUUGUAAUGGAAAAGAAGUUUUCCCGCUGUCCAGGUUUAAAAUACCGGUUCGCGUUCAAGAUUCAACCGGAACUGUGACGCUUACAUUAUUUGACCAUGAGGCGUUGAAGUUUGUUGGGAAAACUGCAAAGGAACUUAUUCAAAUUCAGGACGAGUUAUUGAAGACAAAUGAUUUCUCAAGAGAAUAUCCCGUUGAAUUUGAAGAGUUGGUUAAUCUAAUUGUUACAACUGAUGAUGACAUCUUGGAUAAGCUCAACAAAAAAUUUAAAAUAGACCAAAUUGAUGUUUCUGAAACUUUUGGUAUGAGUCAGUCUGAGUUGCAAACUUCUGCUGCUGAAGGUUUGAAGGAUGCUGAUUCUUACACUGGGGAUGGGGAUAACACCACACCUGUUUCAAAGGAUUAUGCGGUUGACUUGAAACAAUCAUCUUCUGAUAUGAAGCGUAACCUUGAUGAUGUUUAUUUGAAUGAAGUUGGAUUGGCGUCGUCAGCAACUGAGCAAGCUAAAUGUAAGCGUUCGUUAAGAAAGCUAUAUAUUGAUAGUAAGAAAUCAAGUGCAGUUGCUUUUCCGGAUUAUGUUGUCAGAGCUGUAGAGGCUAAACACAGGCGCAAGUUAAGAAAACUAUACCUUGAUAGUAAGAGAUCAAAGAUUACUAAAAAAAUCAUUUCUAGAGGUGGUGCUUCAACAUCGUCAUCAUCAACACGAAUCCUUUUAAAUAACAAAGAGAAUUUAACUCCCAAUAUUUCAAUCACAACCUUUCCUACCGAAUCUUCAACUGUUAUUGGGACAAGUAAUCAUUUAAAUUCGUCCUUUAAUGUAAGAUCUUCCAUUAUUACACAAUCUACUUUGAAGAAGAAAGGAAAUGUACUACAAGAUCAGUUUAUAACACCUAACCGUACACCAUUUACAAACAUAGCAAACACAAUACCAGCAAAUAAUUCUAAUUAUUUGAGUAAUGUAGCAUAUUCAUCUGGAGCGUUUUCAAAUCAGAAUAGAAACACAAAUGUUUUGCAUGAUUCUUCUACCUCAACACGACGAAUGACGAGGUCAAACAAAGAAGACAUAACACCAACUUCGUGUAUUACAAACAUACGUUCUCAAGUUCAAACUGAACCGCAGUUUUCUAAUGCUAUGUCUUCUUUGAAUCGUAUAUCAUCGGAUAAUAUUGCAAGCUCAUCAACUUUACCAUUGAAUGAUUGCUAUUCUCUUAAUCCCAGAAUAACCAAUAAACGUAACACAACAUCUUUGACCUCUGAAUUUAGCUCGAUAAAAAAGAUGUCUUCUGGAAAGCGUAGACUUAUUCAUAAACCAAUUGAAAUAGAACCCAUACCAAUGGCUGUUCUUGAUUCUGAUGACGAAAAUCAUGUUAACGAGGUUGUGUUAGACACCACCAAAGGCGUAUCUAAAGAUUAUGUUGACCAUGGUGACCAAUCUCUUACGUGUGGUUUAUGCUUUGCAAAGUUAUGGCCAACCGAAGGUGGAAAGGGUCGCAUUACACUUCAAAAGCAAACAUAUAGCUUAUGUUGUGGAUAUGGUAAAGUUGAUUUGCCUGAAUAUAAAGAUUCUGAUCCAUCUUAUCAGAUGCUUUUUCGCUGUUUAGAUCAGGAAAGCAAAAUCAGUGGUCAGAAUGCACAUAGUAUGGGUAGUCUUCUUCCUAAGCAUGGAGCCCAGCCAAAAUUUUCACAGCUUUAUAUCUAUGAUACUGAGAAUGAGCUUGCUAAUAGGGAGUUGUUAUUCAGUGAUUCUUCAAGCAAAGCAUUGAUAAGGGCAAAGGAACUUGAUGUUAAGUUUAUAAAGUUUAUUACGAACAUGUUAGAUUCUACAAAUAUGUUGGUUAAAACUUACAGGAUGAGAGAUCGAGACGGUAGGACUUACAAUUUACCUACGUGUUCUGAAGUUGCUGCUUUGAUAGUUGAUGAACCUGAUCUCAAGAUUGAAAGCCGUGAUAUUAUUGUCGAAAUGCGUUCCGGAGAUCUUAAGCGUAUUAGCGAGUUACAUCCUUCUUAUCUUGCUCUACAAAUUCAGGAUAGGCAUAACAAGUUUUCCCUAAUUCUUAAUGCAAGAAGGUUGUUUCAGCAGUUUUUAGUCGAUGCCUACACAAUGAUUGAAAGUGAGAGGCUAAACUAUAUACGUUUUCAGCAAAUCAAACUGAGAUCUGAUUCGCUUAACAGUCUUAAAAAUGUUCAAGAUGUUGGUCAGAGUGAUUUGAGUCAUACAUGA